AUGGGUAUUGACAGUUUUUGCAGCUCUGACGGCUCUGACCCCUUCUGGGAUUGGAACCGCACAUGGCACACACACAACCCAGACCUGACCCGGUGUUUUCAGAACACUCUGCUGGUCUGGAUCCCCUGCGUCUACCUCUGGUUGUUUGCACCAUUCUACUUCUUUUACCUCAAAAGCCAUGAUUGUGGAUACAUAUGUAUGACCCACCUCAACAAAGCCAAAACAGUUAUUGGGUUUCUGCUAUGGAUUAUCUGCUGGGCAGAUGUUUUUUACUCUUUCUGGGAAAGAGGCCACGGAGUCGCAAGCGCACCCGUUUACCUAGUCAGCCCCACAAUGCUUGGCAUUACCAUGUUGCUGGCUACACUUUUGAUCCAGUAUGAGCGGAUAAAGGGAGUCCAGUCCUCUGGGAUAAUGCUCAAUUUUUGGCUUGUUGCUACAGUGUGUGCUACAGUUACCUUUCGAUCCAAAAUCCUGCAAGCAGUUAAUGAGCCGGCCACUGUAAAUGUAUUCCGAUACACCACCUUCUACAUCUACUACGCCCUGCUGCUGAUCUCCCUCAUCCUGUCCUGCCUCUCCGACCAGCCUCCUCUGUUCUCUCAGGCAGUCAAGGACUCUAAUCCAUGUCCAGAAGCCGGAGCUUGUUUUCUCUCCAAGAUCAGCUUCUGGUGGAUCACAGGGAUGAUGAUGCAGGGCUACAAACGGCCGCUGGAAGAGAAAGAUUUAUGGUCACUAAAUGAGGAGGACCGCUCUCGGGCAGUGGUGCCACAGCUGGUGCGGUGUUGGGACCAUGAAUGCAACAAGGUCAAAAGGCCAGAUGAAAAGACCCUGUAUUCUCCCAUGCGAUCUGCGAUGGCUGAGAAGGACAGGCGACCGAUCGAGGAAUCCGAGAUUUUGAUCAUGAAAACGCCUCAGAAAAGUGGCAGUCCAUCUCUGUUCCUUGCACUCUGCAGGACUUUCGGCCCGUACUUCCUCGUCAGCUCCUUCUACAAGAUAAUCCAUGACAUCUUGAUGUUCGUAGGACCAGAAAUCCUCAGGCUGCUGAUCCAGUUUGUGAACGACUCCAGUGCCCCCUCCUGGCACGGCUACUUCUACACCGCUCUGCUGUUCAUAUGCACCUGUGUUCAGACGCUUAUCCUGCAGAAAUAUUUCCACGUGUGCUUUGUGACCGGAAUGAGGCUCCGCACGGCCAUCAUAGGAGCGGUCUACAGGAAGGCGCUGGUUAUCACGAACGCGGCCCGUCGCACCUCCACAGUGGGAGAGAUAGUCAAUCUGAUGUCAGUGGACGCUCAGCGCUUUAUGGACCUCAUCACUUACAUCAACAUGAUCUGGUCUGCUCCACUUCAGGUCAUCCUGGCGCUGUACUUUCUCUGGCAGAAUCUGGGUCCAUCUGUUCUGGCAGGAGUUGCUGUGAUGGUGCUGAUGGUUCCAGUGAAUGCGGUCAUAGCCAUGAAAACCAAAACCUACCAGGUCGCCCAGAUGAAGAGCAAAGACAACAGGAUAAAGCUGAUGAACGAGGUUCUGAACGGCAUUAAGGUGCUGAAGCUGUAUGCGUGGGAACUGGCUUUCAGAGAUAAAGUGUCUGCCAUCAGGGAGAGUGAACUGCGCGUGCUGAAGAAAGCAGCUUACCUGGGUGCCAUCUCCACCUUCACCUGGGUCUGCUCUCCAUUCCUGGUGGCGCUCUCCACAUUUGCAGUGUAUGUGCUCGUGGAUGAGCACAAUGUUCUGGAUGCUCAGAAAGCCUUUGUGUCCCUCGCUCUCUUCAACAUUCUGCGCUUUCCUCUCAACAUGCUGCCCAUGGUCAUCAGCAGCAUGGUGCAGGCUAGCGUGUCUAUGAAGCGUCUGCGUGUGUUUCUGUCUCAUGAGGAAUUGGAUGAGGACAGUGUUGAUCGCAAAGCUGUUACUGGCUCUCCAGACAGCAUCAGGAUUGUGGACGGUGCUUUCAGCUGGUCUAAAGACGACCCCCCGACUUUGAAGAGGAUUAACGUGAGGAUCCCUGAGGGUGCGCUGGUUGCUGUGGUGGGUCAUGUGGGUUCAGGGAAGUCGUCUCUGCUCUCGGCCCUGCUGGGAGAAAUGCACAAACAGGAGGGAUCGGUGUCCAUCAAGGGCUCGGUGGCCUACGUGCCCCAGCAGGCCUGGAUCCAGAAUGCCACGCUGCGGGAGAAUAUCAUAUUUGGACAGAAGAGGAAGGAGAACUGGUAUCAGAGGGUGCUGGAGGCGUGUGCUCUACUACCAGACCUGGAGAUCCUGCCAGGAGGAGACGGCACCGAGAUUGGAGAGAAGGGUGUGAACCUGUCUGGUGGUCAGAAGCAGAGGGUGAGUUUAGCACGCGCUGUUUACUGCGACUGCGCCGUCUAUAUGCUGGACGACCCACUGUCUGCUGUGGACGCCCACGUUGGAAAACACAUCUUUGAGAAAGUCAUCGGGCCUCAGGGUGUUCUGCAAGGACGGACACGUGUGCUGGUGACCCAUGGGCUGAGCUUCCUGCCGCAGGCUGAUCUGAUCCUGGUGAUGGUGGACGGAGAGAUCACUGAGACUGGCUCGUACACCGAACUGCUUGGGCGACAGGGAGCCUUUGCUGAAUUCCUGCGCACCUACGCCAACGCCGAGCAGGAUGGAGAGGCUGAAGGGACAGGAGAUGCGGUGCCACGGAAAACGCUGGAGAAUGGAGGACCAGCGGCUCUGCUGAGACAGAGCCAGAACUCCUUAAACACAUCUGGAACAGCGAAGCCCCCACAGAAAGCUGAGAGUAACGACAUCACAGCCAAGAAGACCAAAUCUGCAGAUGCUGCCAAACUGACUGAGGCAGACAAAGCCAACACAGGCAGGGUCAAAUUUUCCGUGUUCUGGGAGUACAUGAAGGCCAUCGGCUUGUUUCUGUCCUUCAUCAGCAUCAUCCUCUUCUUCUCUCACCAUUUGGCGUCACUGGGUUCAAAUUACUGGCUUAGCUUGUGGACGGACGACCCGGUCAUUAAUGGCACUCAGCCUUCCAGACAGAUGCGACUCGGAGUUUACGGAGCUUUGGGCCUCUCACAAGGUAUUGCUGUCUUCUGUUACUCCAUCUCUGUCUCCAUUGGUGGAAUCCUGGCCUCGCGCUAUCUGCACGAGACAAUGCUCUAUAACGUCCUCCGGUCACCCAUGUCCUUCUUUGAGCGGACGCCUAGCGGUAACCUGGUCAACCGCUUCGCUAAAGAAAUGGACACCAUUGACUCAGUUAUUCCGAACAUCAUUAAGAUGUUCAUGGGCUCCAUGUUUAACGUCCUGGGCUCCUGUACGGUCAUCCUCAUCGCCACUCCGCUGGUGGCCAUCAUCAUCCCUCCUCUGGGGCUGUUUUACUUCUUUGUGCAGCGUUUCUACGUGGCAUCGUCACGGCAGCUGAAGCGUCUGGAAUCCGUGAGCCGCUCUCCGGUUUACACACACUUUAACGAGACACUGCUGGGUACCAGUGUGAUCCGGGCAUUCGGGGAGCAACGCCGCUUUAUUGGAGAGAGUGACAGUAGAGUGGACCACAACCAGAAGGCCUAUUACCCCGGCAUUGUCGCCAACAGGUGGUUGGCGGUGCGGUUGGAGUUUGUGGGAAACUGUAUCGUGACAUUCGCUGCACUGUUUGCUGUGAUGGCCAGAGACAGUCUGAGUCCAGGCAUUAUGGGACUGUCCAUCUCCUAUGCCCUGCAGGUGACCGCGUCUCUGAACUGGCUGGUGAGGAUGUCCUCUGAGCUGGAAACCAACAUCGUGGCGGUGGAGAAGGUGAAGGAGUAUGGAGACACUGAGAAAGAGGCUGAAUGGAAGCUGGAGCAGACCCCCGUUCCUGCCGGCUGGCCCACUGCUGGACACAUCAAGAUCCUUGACUUCGGCCUGCGCUACCGAGAGGACCUGGAGCUCGCCAUCUAUGACAUCAACGUCAGCAUCAAGGGAGGAGAGAAGGUGGGUAUUGUGGGUAGAACCGGAGCGGGAAAGUCAUCUCUGACGCUCGGCCUGUUCCGUAUCAUCGAGGCAUCGCAGGGGGAGAUCCACAUUGACGGGGUGAACAUUGCUGAUAUGGGCCUGCAUGAACUCCGCUCACGCAUCACCAUCAUUCCACAGGACCCAGUGCUGUUCUCUGGUUCUCUGCGGAUGAACCUGGAUCCCUUCGAUGGUUACUCUGAUGAGGACGUAUGGAGAGCUCUGGAACACGCACAUCUCAAAAACUUUGUUUCCGGCCUGCCGGACAAGCUAAACCAUGAGUGUUCUGAGGGAGGAGAGAACCUCAGUCUGGGGCAGAGGCAACUGGUGUGUUUGGCUCGAGCUUUACUUCGCAAGACAAAGAUUCUGGUUCUGGAUGAAGCGACGGCAGCUGUGGACCUGGAGACGGACAACCUGAUCCAGUCCACCAUCCGCACGCAGUUCGAGGACUGCACGGUUCUGACCAUCGCCCACCGCCUCAACACCAUCAUGGACUACACCAGGGUUCUGGUUCUAGAUAAAGGUCAGAUGGCAGAGUUUGAUUCUCCCUCCAAUCUCAUCGCCAAGAAAGGAAUCUUCUACAAGAUGGCCAAAGACUCCGGUUUGGUCUGAUCAGAAACGAGUGGAUGCUGAAGAGCCUCAUUCUCCACACAUGCUGUGGGUGGAGCCUGCCAACCUCUGACAGCCCAGGCCCCUUUUCUAUACCUUCAUUCUCCCCAUGACUCCUCCCUCUCCUGCUGCUGCUGCUGGGGUAGCUGUUACUGUAGCGUCUCACUAAGCGAGAGCAACUCUGAGCCUCUGCUGCUUCUGCCCUGCGCUUAAUGCCAGCAUAAUGCCAAUUUAGGGAAAUUCUAUGGGCAAGAAAAAGAGUUUGAUUUCUUAAUAGACACUUUUUUUUUUUUUUUUUUUUUCCUUUGGAAGAUGCCUCACUGCAAGUGAACCACGAGUCAGACUCGACUGUCCUGCUGUGCUGUUAAACAGGAGAUAAAAGCGAUUAGAACCGUGUGGUUUGACCAACAUGUUGGAGUUAGAAAUGCAUAUUAAUUUCUCUCAUGGUGCAAUGUUAAUGAUGUCGGUGCCGCGAGCUCUUGCCCGCUGACCGCUAAACACAGCCGGCAGGGCCUGGAGCUGAGCCAAAGAUGAUACUGACCCCGGGCAGUUCUCUGAAAUGAAACAAAGAGUUUGAGUUCUCCAAAGAGUUGAUCUGAGAGACCUCAGACCAUCACCGCAGAGCUGCUGCUCUUCAGCCAAACGUCUGGACUUUCAUUCACGCACAACUUUACAUCUGCUGUGUUUACAUAUCUGAUGGCUUAGAUCUUAGGGCUCAGGGGGAGAUGAGAGGUACUAUAAAAAUUCAGCUUAGGUUUAUUAUCAUUACAUUAUGAUUUAUUAUCAGUAGUAGUAGUGUAUUUAUUUACUGUACUGGUACAUGGAGGGGAAAUAAUUCAACAGGCCAGAUUUUAUUAUUACUGUUUUUUUAAUCUGUAUUAUUAUGAUUCAUUAUUGUUAGUGUUGUUGUUGCUGUUAAUAAUAAUAAUAAUAAUAAUAAUAAUGAUUACUAAUAUUAAAACAAUAGCAACAAUACUAUUAAUAGUAAUAUUACUACAACGAAUAAUAACAAUAAUAAUAAUAAAAAUAACAGUAGUAAUAAUAAUACCUGGCUAACAGCAGCCACUGUUGUUAUCCAGGUAUUAAUUUUAUCCUUACUAUAUUAUAUUCUUUGCUUAAGAAGAACAAUUUAUUACUAUGAUUAUUUACAAUACUGCUGCUAAUAAUGCUUAACUUAAACAAGAAACACACUGGUUCUGAUCAUCGUAGACAGAUUGACUGUCCAGCCAGAUCAGGUUUGAUUAUUCUAGUCUUAUUAGUCUGUGGUCGUGUUUGUGCAGCAGCACCGUCACUGCAGAGAAUCUGAAUCUGAAGUCUAAGUGACUUUUUUCACGCACAUCUGUCUGUACAGCCUUAUUUUACUGUGUUGUGAGCCAGUCUCUCGUUUUUGCCACAUCUCCUCUCAGAGCUUUGAGAUGAUGGUCUCGGGUUCCUGCGGCUCUCAGAGAACUGAAACAGCUCAAUCCACAUUUACAGAACCCACCAGAACCGGAGGCUCCUUUCUCUCGUUAUGAAUGUAAUACCUGACUAGUUCUCACUCCCUUUCCCCAAGUCUGACUCCCUUUCCCCAAGACUCACUCCCUUUCCCCAAGUCUCACUCCCUUUCCCCAAGUCUCACUCCCUUUCCCCAAGACUCACUCCCUUUCCCCAAGUCUCACUCCCUUUCCCCAAGUCUCACUCCCUUUCCCCAAGACUCACUCCCUUUCCCCAAGACUCACUCCCUUUCCCCAAGACUCACUCCCUUUCCCCAAGACUCACUCCCUUUCCCCAAGUCUCACUCCCUUUCCCCAAGUCUCCUUUAUUUGUUAAAUGUGAGCCGACUAAGUUGAGGCAGGUAAAGGCAGGUGACCUUUGACUUUUUUACAUCAUAUCCAAAUCCAAACGCAAUGGUCAGUGCAGGUCAUCCUUCUGUGUCUUGCCUACUUAAGUCUUGCCGUCCGUCUGUGUGUGCGUGUGUGUCUGGAUGCCGAGUGUGUAGCUGUGUGUGUGUGUGUGUGUCUGGAUGCCGAGUGUGUAGCUGUGUGUGUGUGUGUGGAUGCCGAGUGUGUAGCUGUGUGUAGAGGUGUGUGUAGAUGGUGAGUGUGUAGUGGUGUGUGUGUGUGGAUGCCGAGUGUGUAGCGGUGUUCCACUCAUCCGCACCUCUGCACUCUUUAAGUCACUCACACUUUCUGUUUGAGGUCAGUCAGCGUGACGCAUCCUGUGUUUUGAGUUUAUUAUGGGACUUUAAAUCAUGUAUUGUUGCAUUUAAACACAGAAUACCUGAUUUGUUACAUAUUUAUAUGGUUUGUAUGUAAGAAUAUAAUUUGAUAUUUGUUAUAUACAUGCACUAGUUUAAGUGUGCUUACGUUCUUGAAUCGAAGUGU